AUGGCACCGAGGCGGAUAGUACUUGCUCUACUCACACUGAUUUCUUUGGUUCAAAUAGUUAUUACUCAGACAGGAAUUGACCUCAAGAAUUUAUACGAUGAGUUAAUGAACAAGCGCAAAUACCAGAAAGUCACCCCACCUUAUGAAAGCCUAAAAGAGGCCAUCACUGUACGUGUUGCUUUCCAUCUACACGGUAUUAACAGUCUGGAUGACGUGGAGGGGAAAUUAGCAACGACAGCACAUCUGACACUAGAGUGGCAAGACGCAUUUUUAACCUGGAACAGGAAAGAUUUUAGUAACAUUUCCUAUAUUUACAUGCCUCAGAACGAAGUAUGGAAGCCAGACGUCUCAUUGAACAAUGGUUUCACCAAACUGAAGGAACUAGGCGACGACGUGAUCCAAGUGACGGUAAUGAACACUGGAAAAGUGAUAUGGAAUCCAAUGGAAGUGUUCGAGACCAAAUGUGAUAUAAACAUUACUAAAUUCCCAUUUGACACUCAAGUCUGCAAGUUGAUAUUUCGGUUAUGGACAUUGCAACCACAAGACGUGAAAUUCAAGUUAAACGAACCGGUAACACUGCAUCUUGACACUUACGAAGAAAAUAGUGUGUGGGACCUCCACUCCGCAAAUAUUGUUCUAGAAAAUGGCAACUUCAUUGUCUUAUUGUCACUAAAUAGAAGGCCCGAAUAUUAUUUGCUUACCCUUAUCUGUCCUAUUAUCUUGCUGUCUCUUCUAGACAUUUUUACAUUCGUCAUUCCUGUCGAUAGUGGAGAGAAAAUGGGGUACAGCAUGACCGCGUAUUUAGCCUUUGCCGUUUUCCUUACCAUUAUCCGUUCGUCUUUACCUAUCAACUCCCGCACUACGUCCUACUUGGCUGUUUUUGUCGUAAGUUUACUGGUCAAAGGAACUGCCAUUGUUGUUGUAACUGCUGUUCAAGUUCGACUGCAUCAUCGUCGAAAUGACAAGGACCUUCCCAGGUGCUUGAGACAUUUUAUCAGGUUUAGUAGGUGGAUACGUGCAUGUUUUACGACACGUGUAAAACCACAAACGGAUAACGUAAACAAUCAGGAAUCAAACAUUGACGUCCACAACUCCCAACACCUUCCAGCAUCGAAGAAAGAAUCAUCAAAACUACCCUUAGAUGAGCGAAGUGAGGAUGAAGAGGAAGAGAAAAACGAUAUGUAUACAUGGGCCAACGCUUGUGCUGCUCUAGAUGGUUUCUUUUUCUGUUUCUUCUUUGUUGCAGCUUUUUUUAUGACUAUCAUAUUUUUUUGCGGUAUUUCUUUGAACACUGCAUCAUUGUAUUAA